AUGACCUCGAAUAUUUGGAUAGCAGCAGCAGAUAAUCAGAUUGAUAUUGUUACUAAACUUGUUGAAAAAGACGGUUUAUCGCCGAAUGUCAAGGACCCAAAUGGCUACACUGCAUUACACGCUGCAGCAUCUUAUGGUCAUCUCGAUCUACUACAAUAUUUAGUUAAUAAGGGUGGUGAUAUAAACAUUCAGGAUAAUGAGGGAGACACGCCGCUACAUCACGUUGAAGACUUGAAUGUUGCAAAGUCAUUGGUCACGAAAUUCAAAGCAGACUAUAAGAUCAAAAACAAUGAUGGACAAACGGCUGCACAAUUUAUUGAAGAAGAGGAUGAGUUCCCGGAUGUCGCCAGCUAUCUUAAAAGCUUAGUUCAUGGCGACAAUGCCGAUGAGGGCGAUGUCGAUAGAGCAAAUGAGGUAACUAAAGCGAAUGAGUUUAUAGAAAGCUUACCGGAGCCAGGAAACAUUGAUGGUCACGAGAUUAAAUAUUCUUUGGAAACUGAUCAACAAUUGAACGGCGACGAAGAAUUGACACCUGAGCAAUUAGAUGAAAGGAGGAAGAAAAUAGAGGCUAUUUUGAAUAGUGAAAACCCAGAAGAAGGAUUGCGUGAGUUGGUCAAGAAUGCAGUCCACGAAGGGUUGAUGCAGUAUAAAGAUGGCGGUGAAGCAAACGAGCAGGAUUUAGAACCAAGUACAAAGAAAAGAAGGUAG